AUGGCAUCGCAAGCUGCCGCUCCCACCAUCAUCGCCAACUGCAAACAGACACGCUUCCACGUUCGAGGAGAUGCGGAUUCAACAGAGAUUGACAUCCAAGGCCUCAAUAUCACCAUCAUCCCUUCUGGCCCUGACCCCGCCAUCUCCGAGCCGCCCGACAGCACAAAGAGCAAAUCAGCCAAACACCGCGGGAAGUCGAAGGCUAAAAGUGACGGAGUUGAGAUUCUGUCAAAUGCUGAUUUACAUCUGAAGGCGGGCGUCCAUUAUGGUCUAGUGGGGAGGAAUGGGACCGGGAAAUCGACUAUUCUUCGUGCACUGGCUGAAAAGCUGAUUCCCGGUAUUCCAAACUCCAUCCGGGUGUCUAUUCUUCAACAAACCGAUGGUAAUCAGGAUGCGCUCACUGAAUAUGCCUUAUUCGCAACUGAUGGUUACGGUGAAACUGGGACAAAUGGUAGAAGGACUGUUUUACAAGAAGUUAUGCGAGGCGAUGUGUUGAGAAAUGAUGUCGAGAGGAAGAUCAGGGUGCUUUCGCAUGCUUUAGAAGAGACGGGGGACUCCUUGGAACCGGUACGAGCGAUCCGACAGCUUCGUCAUGAGGAACUGGAACGGGAACUGUUUCUGGCGCAGAAGAAUGCGAGCUUGAGAAGUGGUAGUCGAGGAAUGCAGGCGAGAAAGGAUCUGAAAGUGAUUGAGCAAAAGGUUGCAGAAUCUGCAGAUUUGGUGGAGAAGAAUCGGGAUGCAGGUGAGCCUUCAGAGAUUAAGGAGGAGACGCAGGCAGCUCUAGAUCUCUUGAAUGAAUUGCAAUGCCAAUAUGAAGCAAUGAAAAUCACAGACAUCGAGGCCGAGGCACGACGAGUGCUUCUAGGCCUAGGGUUUAAAGAAUCGGCUUUAGAGCAACCAUUCGAAUCGCUCUCGGGUGGCUGGCGCAUGCGUUGCAUGCUUGCUGGAAGCCUGGUCCAGAAAGCAGAUAUUAUGAUUCUCGAUGAACCGACCAAUUUUCUCGACCUUCUGGGAAUAGUCUGGUUGGAGAAUUAUUUUUCUCAUUUUCGUGCGGUGGAUGACGAUAGAACCGUCAUACUUGUGUCCCAUGAUAGAGACUUCCUCAACAACGUGUGCGAGGAAACUAUUAUCCUGAAGGACCAGACACUUGCAUACUUCAAGGGCAAUAUUUCAGCGUACGAGGAGGAUUUAGGAGCGCAGAAACUUUACUGGGGGCGUAUGAAAGCAGCUCAGGAUCGCCAGGUUGCGCACAUGGAGGCGACCAUUCGAGACAAUAUCAAGCUGGGCAAGAAGACUGGCGAUGACAACAAGCUUCGCAUGGCGAAAUCUCGCCAGAAGAAAGUGAAUGAGAGGAUGGGCGUGCAGGUUAGCGCCAAGGGUACAAGAUUUAAACUCAAUCGUGAUCGCGUGGGGUAUCACGACUCCAUGAGAGACGAGAUAGAGGUCCCGCAGGAUGAAAAGGGGGUGUCGAUUAGUAUUCCCGAUCCACAGGAACUGAGAUUUCCGGGACCGCUGGUCUCUUUGGAAUCCGUCCACUUCUGGUAUAAGCCCAAAAGCGAUCCGAUCCUCAACGGCAUCGACCUGGUAAUCCACAUGGGAGACCGAGUUGGAAUCAUGGGCCUCAAUGGGAGUGGGAAAACGACUUUGCUAAAGGUCCUAAUGGGGUCCAUGCAACCGAAACUGGGAACCGUGUCCCGCCAUCCUAGAGUAGCUAUUGGCUACUAUUCUCAACAUUCUGUGGAUGAACUCAAAGCACUUGGGCGGUCUGAGCCGGUGCUGACUGCUCUUUCAUUAAUUUGCCGUGACGCUAAUGGGAGCCUUGGGGAGGGCGAAGCUCGUGGAUUGUUGAGUUCAUUAGGCCUGAUAGGAAGAACCGCAUCGGAUGUCCCAAUCACACAGUUAUCAGGGGGCCAGCUGGUUCGACUCGCACUGGCUAGGAUAAUAUUGAAUCUGCCACACCUAUUAGUCCUGGACGAGAUCACGACGCAUCUUGAUUUCCACACUGUAGUAGCGCUGAUUGAAGACCUCUCAUCUUUCAGUGGCGCUAUCCUGCUCGUUUCUCAUGACCGGUAUUUGGUACGGGGCGUUGUUGAAAACAAGCGAGCCGUAGCGGGCCAAGAUGGAAAUGUAGAAAUGACUACGGAGCCAGGUGACGACGACGAGUCGAGACGGCGCAGUGUAUAUAUAUUGAGGCGAGGGAAGCUCCGUAUCCAGGAGAAUGGCGUGGAACAGUUUGAGGAGAGCCUGCAGAAGCGGGUACAGACGCUGAUGCGGGGACACUGA